AUUUAAUUGACAGCAUGAAGGUCGCAUGAUGGAAACAGGUGCAGGCGCAGGGUUGACACGUCUGCCAGGCCACACCGAGUGAAGCGUCACCAUGGUGGGCCAGGAGGGGGUGCGUUGCAGCGGUAAGAAGAUCGUAGGGCCUACGAAAGAAGCCCCGCUGCUUGAGUCAAGCAGUGGCAGGCUGGACAGUGGGGAGGCUCGCCUGCGAGAGCUGGGAUACAAGCAGGAGCUCAGGAGGGAAUGGGGUCCCAUUGCCAGCUUCUCUGGGAGCCUGGGAUUCAUGGCCUUCACUACUGGUAUCACAGGGACUUUCUCUAUUGCAUAUGAGGAUGGGGGGCCGGCGACGGCAGUGUGGGGGUGGAUAUCUGUUGCGCUAUGCAAUAUCUUCGUGGCGCUGUCAAUGGCUGAGAUUGUUAGCUCCUACCCCAUAUCCGGGGGGCCCUACUUCUGGUGCCUGGAGCUGACCAACAACGACCCAAAAUAUUUCAUUAUUGGGUGGAUAACAGGCUGGUUGAACGUGCUGGGCCAGUUCGCGACGACGGCGUUCGCCGGAUUCUUCUUAGCGCAGCACCUGGCCGCCAUGUGGCUGCUUAGUAAUGGGCAUGCGUUCUCGCCGGAGGAGAUCCUGCUCGCCUAUGCCAUUGUGCUGGUGGCGGGCGCGUGCGUGAGCUCGGUCCCCACGCGGUGGGCGAAAUAUCACGCCCUUUUCUCCGCAGCGUUCCUGCUGGCCGGGGGGACCAUGCUGAUCCUGGCCCUCCCCUUGGUGGCCCCCAGCCACCAGUCCGCGCGCACGGUGUUCCUGGACUUCCAGAUCGCUGACGUGGCGGCCAAUGGGCUGCCCAAUGUGGCCUACAUGUUCCUCAUCGGCACCAUCAUGCCCCAGGGGACCUUCAUCGGCUUUGAGCUGCCUGCACAAUUUGUUGAGGAGACAAAGAGAGCGGAUCGGGAUGCUGCUGGCCUCAUGACCGGAGAUGCCAACGGCUACCUAGUGGGUCAGAUCUUCAGCGAUGUCUUCAAGGCGAGAUAUGGCAGCAACAUCGGAGAUGCCAGCGCUCAUGGUGACAUGGCGGUGCGUGUGUUUGCAGGGGUGUGUUUUUUGGCGAUUCCACUGGUGACCACCUUCAACUCCACCACCCUGUCGCUCAGCUCCAAUGCCCGGAUGCUGUGGUCGUUCGCGCGGGAUCGCGGCGUUCCCAUGCACGGGGUCUGGUCAGCGCUGAACGUGCACACAGGAACUCCGGUGAACGCAGUGUGGGCCAUGGCGGCUCUGGCAUUCCUGCUGGGCCUGCCCAUGCUCUACUCACUGUCCGUCUUCAACGCUCUGGUGUCUAUCAGCUCCAUCGGCCUCUAUGUCAGCUACGGCAUCCCCAUUUUGGUGCGAGUCCUCAACCGCAGGAAUUUCCGGCCCGGGCCUUUUCAGCUGGGUGCGUGGCACCUGCCCAUCAACCUGGCAGCAGUAUCUUGGGUCGUCAUUUCAUCGACGGCGUUCAUCCUUCCCACGGUCUACCCCGUAAGCUAUGACAACCUCAACUGGACUUGUGUCACCGUGGGAGCGGUCAUCAUAGGAGUUUUGGUCGCCUGGUUUGUGCCAAGGUUUGGCGCACGCCACUGGUACCAUGGCAAAUCUCACACGCUGGAAUGCCGGCCCGAGGCGAGCUCGGAUGGGGACCUCAGCAGCUCGCGGCGUGGGCGCCGGGGAUUCAGGAGCGCACCCAAGCUGACGCUGAUGGAACUCAUUGAGGACUGGAAGAUUAAGGAGACAGAGGGAGCCGCCAUUGCAGUGCGCGGCGGCCCAGCAAAUGCCGAGCAGCUACCCGCUUCGAGAUCGCGGCCGCCAAGCUUGGAGCUGUCCCGCUUCCGGCAGCCGGAGGUCGUUUGGACCACUGAGAGCCCGACAGCCGUCCCUGGCGUUCCCUCCCGCACAACCAAAUCAGGCGUCUCCUCCCGCCCGGCAGCGGCAGGCAAACCUCCCGUGCGACCAAAUUAG